UAUGCUGGACUAAGCAUUGCCCACUUUAGCCAAGUUCCAAAAACAAAAAACACAUUCUCCUAAAAAAAUAGAAAAAAAAAAAAAACUCUCAAAGAAGAGCAGAAAGCAGAAAUCAAUCGAUCAAAAAUGGCGAAACUAAUUGAAAUGGGAACGAAGAUCAUCUGCGUUGGUCGUAACUAUGCGAACCAUGCGAAAGAACUUGGCAACCCAAUUCCAAAGGAACCUGUCCUUUUUAUGAAACCUACAUCCUCUUACUUGCCUAAUGGUGGAACCAUUCUAAUCCCACCUUCAAUGGAACACCUUCACUAUGAAGCUGAACUUGCUGUUGUCAUUUCCAAGAAAGCUCGCGAUGUUCCCGAAUCUUCUGCCAUGGAUUUUAUUGCAGGUUAUGCUCUGGGACUUGAUAUGACAGCAAGGGAACUCCAAUCAUCAAUUAAGGCUGCAGGGCUUCCGUGGCUAUUGGCUAAAGGACAGGACACUUUUACACCCAUCAGUGAAAUGAUUCCUAAAUCUGCAGUGUCUGAUCCUCACAACUUGGAGCUGUGGCUAAAGGUUAAUGGAGAAAUAAAGCAAAAGGGGUCAACAAAAGAUAUGAUAUUCUCGGUUCCAUUCCUCGUCAGCCAUAUAAGCUCUUUUGUCACUCUUCUGGAAGGAGAUGUGAUCUUAACAGGCACCCCAGAAGGCGUUGGUCCUGUCAAACCAGGUGAAAAAAUAACUGCUGGUAUUACAGGUCUCAUAGACGUUAAUUUUAAUGUUGAAAAACGGACUGCACCUGUAAGGAGUUGAUUCUAACAGUUUGGCAUGUUAUCUCUUGCGGAAACACAAUCUGACGUUGGAUCUGGUCUUUCUUCAAGCUAGUUGAUAGCUAAUUUUUACAAGUCAUGUUACAAGAACUUCAGUGUUCAAAAUAAGAAGGAUGUAAUAGAACAGUUUCCAAUAUGCAACUUUUACUUUUAGUAAGUUGCAGAAGCCGUAAAGCAACAAUAAAGAAGUUGCAGAAUUCCUUAUUGCCUUUUUUUUAAGAAAAAAUAAAUAAAUAAAUAUUUUGGGGUGGUGGUUGUUAUUGUUGUUCAGGUCAUACAUAUAAUUUCUUUUGACUGAACAAUUGGAAUAAUUUGAUGAAAAUUAUAGUAAA